AUGAAAAUUGGAAUACUGGGAGCAACAGCGGCAAUAACACUGUCAACCACAUCCAGCGCCUUCCCGAGUGCUCCCGAAGAUCUCAUCUCCCGCGGCAUCAUACACGCUGCACAGCAGAACACAAUACACUCGAGAGACGAAGGAGAUCUCUCAUAUGCACCUUACAACACUUCCUGCCCAUCGGGAGUCACAGAUUUCAUCAGGACGGGACAGGCACUCUCCACCGACGAGACUGAUUACAUUAAUUCACGCAUGGAGAAGAUCAUCGACCCACUCACUGACUGGUUAAACGGCGCUGGUCUCUCAUACGAUAUCAGCCAACUCACCUCAAAUACCUCCAACGCUCCUAGACUCGGUUUGGCUGUGUCUGGAGGCGGCUAUAGAGCCAUGUUGGGCGGCGCCGGUUUUAUCAGUGCACUCGACAACCGCAAUUCCUCUCUUGAUUUCGAGACUGCAGGUCUCCUCCAGUCUGCUGCUUAUAUGUCCGGCUUGUCGGGUGGUUCCUGGGCAGUCGGUGGUUUUGCCGCGCAGAACAUGAAAUCUGUCUGGGAGUGGAUGCAAACUGCAAGACUCGACGAAAACAUCUUCUACCCAGGCUUUCUCGACGCAUUCAGCUACUUUUCCGACAUCUUCAAUGACGUCGACGCAAAGGAAAAUGCUGGAUUUGAGGUUCAAUUGGCUGACUAUUGGUCAAGGGCUUUGAGCUACCAUCUUCUCGCUGAACCAGAGAGCAAGUUCCCUGGCUAUGGCAGGAACACUACCUUCUCUGGAGCUAUUAGAGAUGCAAGCACCUUCCAAUCGACUUCCCCGAGUGUACAAGCACUUGAGCGCCAGCCUGAUCAGAUUAUUGUUGGUCAGAAUGCGAGUAUAUGGGAGAUGACACCCCACUCCUUCGGGACAUACGGCCCACUCGGAGGUGGUGCGCGUGAUUCCAGUCCAAACGGCUUUAUUGAUAUCGCUCUUGUCGGGACAAAGCUCCUCGACGGCCAACUAAAUGGUACCGACCAGUGUGUCAAUGGAUUGGACAACUUUGGAUUUGUUAUUGGCACCUCAGCGACACUAUUCAACCAGGGUGUUAUACAAGCCCAGAGUUCCCUUUCCGGCUGGUCUGUUUUCCAAGAUAUAGCUGAAAAUGUUCUCAGUGACUUCUCAGAAUCGAAGAAUGAUGUUGCAUCAUGGCGGAACCCAUUCUAUGGCUGGAUGAAUGACACCAACAAGAUUUCCAACGUAUCCAAUGUAGUCUUGGUAGAUGGAGGAGAAGCUCUCGAGAACAUACCACUCAAUGCGCACAUUAAACCAGAGCGUCAAGUCGAUUUAGUUCUUGGCUUUGACGCUUCAGCUGACACCAGCUCGGGUUGGCCAAACGGCACUAGCAUGUUUGCUACUUACAACCGUACUAUCAACGACGACGACCAGAUCUCAUUUGCGAAUGUACCAACACCAGAACAGUUCGUAGCGCAGGGCCUGAACACGCGUCCAACAUUCUUUGGGUGUAACUCUUCCGAUGUGACAAACUACAACGAAUCCAGACACACACCAAUCGUUGGUUACAUUCCAUCGUAUCCGUACGUCUUUGAAAGUAAUCAGAGCACAUUCAAGCUGGAAUAUUCAGAUGAGGAGUACAUUGGCAUGAUAAAUAAUGGUGAGGCAUCUACAUCUCUCAAUGGCUUAGUUAGCGAUGGCGAGUGGAAGCGUUGUCUUGCAUGUGCUCUCGUCGACAGAGCUAGAGAAAGGAACGGCGUAGAUAGAAGCGCAGAGUGUCAGACUUGCUUCGAUGACUGGUGCUGGAGUGGCGAUCAAGUCGACACAUCAGAUGUCUCAGAAUAUGAGCCAGAUAUUAACAGCGUUCCUCAAUUCGUUCAGGACAGAUCAGAUGGUGAUGCUUUGAUUCAAGCAACCAAUGACUCUGCAAGCGCGCAAAAUUUAUUUUCCACCACAGUCCUCCUCGCUAUGGCAGUGAUUGUUGGUGCUGCGCUCCUUUAG